AUGGGAAAUCGAAUCGCCAACAUCGAAGCCGCCCUGCAUGAGAUGAGACAGAGAUUCGCCAUCCGGAAAGUCAGUCCGCUUUACGAGACGAAGCCGAUGUACUACGAAGAUCAAGGCUCGUUCAUCAAUGGCGCUUGUGAAGUAGAGACUGAUCUCGACCCGAUCAGCUUACUGGACGCGCUACAGUCCAUAGAGGACGGACUGGGUCGACAACACACGAUCAACAAAGGUCCGAGACCAAUAGACCUGGACGUGCUUCUGUAUAACAAGCAGCAGUUUCAGCAUGAACGUUUGGAAAUCCCUCACAAACUCAUGCAUGAACGGGAAUUUGUGCUCAGGCCGCUUAAGGACAUUCUCCCGUAUGCUGUCGUCAAUUCAUCGGCUCUGCAACAUCCAAGCACAGUGAUGGACCUCUAUAUUGGACUGAAAAAUCGAGACGAGACCAUGUCGCCCGUCACAGAAGUCUCACAUCGACUGCCGCUCAUCAGAUCUAUGGACCCGAAGCGGCCGACAUCCAUAAUGGCUAUCCUGAACAUCACGCCAGAUUCGUUCUCCGAUGGUGGAAAAUUCUCGAGCAGGGAUCAGAAGGCUCUGAAACCAAACAUCGGAAAGAUCAUAGCUGCCGGUGCAACGAUCUUGGACGUCGGCGGACAAAGCACUCGCCCUCACGCCAAACUCAUCAGUGCUGAGGAGGAGCUAGAACGCAUCCUGCCCGUUGUUCGUACCAUUCGCAAAAUGCCAGAGGCUGAUGGCGUCGCUAUCAGCGUCGACACAUUUUACUCCGAAGUAGCCAAAGGUGCUAUUGCAGAAGGAGCCGACCUGAUCAACGACAUUUCAGCGGGACAGAUGGAUCCCAACAUGCUUUCCACCGUGGCAAACUUGAGCAAAACCAUUGUGCUGAUGCAUAUGCGCGGCGAUCCAAGCACAAUGACGAAGCUAACAGACUACCCCCACGGUGUGGUGGAACGCGUCGCGCAGGAGCUAUCCCUGCGCUUCCAAGCUGCGUUGGAUGCCGGCAUCGCACCAUGGCGCAUCAUCCUCGACCCAGGCAUUGGCUUCGCCAAGAAUCAGGACCAGAAUCUGGAGCUGCUCAGACGAUUGCGGGAGCUACGUGAGCACCCAGUGAACUUGUCCGGCCCGCCAUGGCUUCUCGGCACCAGCCGCAAGGGCUUCGUCGGUAAGGUGACCGGUGUUGCUGAUGCUGCGGCGAGACAGUUCGGCACUGCUGCUACGGUCACUGCUAGUAUUGCGGGCGGAGCGGACAUUGUAAGGGUACAUGACGUUAAGGAGAUGGCCGAAGUGGUGAAGAUGGCGGAUGCGAUCUAUCGGUGA